ACGAUAUUUUAUAUUAGUCAUAAUAUUUUUAAAUUUAUAAUAAUAAAACUAUAAAUAAUAAAAUCUAAAAAAUAGAAAAUUUCAACAAAAACUGAAAUAAUGCUAACUACUAAAUAAUAACUAAUUGAUGAUCUUUUGUAUAAUAACAGUUUCAAUUAUAGAUUACUAGGAACUUAGACUUUAACUUAAACAAAUGAUCAUAAUCAUCUAAUUAACUUUGAUACAUCAGACUCAACUUAGAAGCCUUUUGUAUAGGAAUAAGAUGAAAAAAAAAGAGAAAAAUUAAAAAUUCUUCCUUUUCAUGAUAAUCAUUCUUUUUAAAAUGAUAACAGCUUUGAAACAUUUUGUCAAAUUUAGUAAGAAGAACAACUGUAUCAAAAUAAUGAUGAAACCGUUUUCACUGAUAAUAGUAGCUACAAUUAAUAUCAAAUAAUUGAUGAAAGUGUGUACUUUUAAUAUGAAGAAAACAUUAAGAUUUAACAAAAUGAGUAAUUUUAAAUGUAAUAAAAUACUCAUCAAGCUAAAGAAUUUGAACACAAUGAUUUCUAUCCGAAACACACAAAUUAAGUAUAAUAAUAAAUAAAUUUAAAUUAAUUUGACUAUUAAAUUAACUCAGAAAUGGAUUUAGAAGUAAAUGAAGUUCUAUUUGAUUAAGAACCUUAUCAAUAAGUUGAUUAAAAUUAGUUUUAAAUUCUAAACAUGAAUUAAUAAGUGUAUAUCAAUAACAACUUAAUUCCUAUUAACUUUAACAAAACAUAAGAUUAAAUAAUAACCAUAUAAACACUAAUUGAUAGCUUUAAAACUCUAUAAUUAUGCUAAAAUGAAUAAAUUUAAUCUAUGCAACUUACUUAGCAUUAAUAACAAGGAAACUAAAAUACUUAUUCAUAACUUGAAAAUAAUUAAUAAUAAUUAGAAUAAAAACAAGAAAUCUAAAACAUAGAAACUCUCCCAUAAUAAGCUGCUCCAAUUGAGAAAAAAAAGAAAAAAAAAUAGAGUGUAAAACUUACUUGGAGAGAUUAAGUGCUAAGAAACAAAAAAUAUUGCAAAUUACAUUUUCAAGUUUAUAUUACAAAAAAUAAAUGA